GGUAAGCUAUAAAGUUUACAAUAUGGCCGCCAGACGUAGCGGGUGGUUUAUUGUGGUUGAUUGGUGCCGUUUCUUUCCAAAAUAAUUUGCGUGAUCUCGUGUGACAUUUCAUUGUUUUUGUUUGAAAAUAAUCUCUAAAUUGAUGUGUCUGUAAUGGGAGCCAAGGCGAGCACCGCAAACGGCGACGAUCCAAAUACUCGGGAUCGAACCUUCUCGACGAGCAGUGGAUCAGAUGUUGUAUCAGGAAGUCCAGGUUUGAGCCUUCUGAGAUCCAUUCCGGGUGUAGUGUCAAGUGAUAGACAACGGGCUAGAUCUCUGUCAAGUGUUCCUGACAGUCAUGAAACGAUUGGCAUUCAGACAAGCAAUGACGGAGCCUACGACAUUUCAGAGUCCCCGGAAACAGACAGUUCCACUGAAGAUCACGCAUUGGAUAGUCCACUAGCAGCUAAUAUUAGCCUCGGCCGCGUUUACACAGCUCAUUCUCUACCUUCUCACAUCUGGUCCUGGAAUGGUAUAAAAUGUCCAGUGUGCUCGAAAUUUGUGCUGCCUGACGACAUAGAAUGCCACCUAGUGAUGUGCCUAACAAAACCCAGACUGAUUUAUAAUGAGGAUGUUCUGACGGACGACAAAGGAGAGUGUGUUAUCUGUUUGGAAGAGCUACUGCAAGGAGAUACAAUUGCCAGGCUUCCGUGUCUUUGCAUCUAUCACAAAAGUUGCAUUGACAGGUGGUUCGAAGUGAACAGAUCCUGUCCUGAGCAUCCUGGAGACUGAGCGGCGUAUUCUCAUCGCAAACUGUAUUUCUAUUAAUAGUUAGUGUAAAAACAAUCCUCAAUCAUGGUGAAUUCACCGAUAGUGACUCGGAAAGUGAACAAGUGUGCCGAUCCAAAUAAUAAACUGAUACUAUGGUUUAUAGACCAACUACGAAUUAGUUUACAGUCAAUUCAUAGAUCAACUCUAUGAAAUGUGUUAGUCAAUAACUGUGCAGCUGUGUGAAUACUGUUUGCUUCUAUGAAUUGAUUUACAAGAGUCAGUUCAUAGAAAAAUCGUGAGUCAAUUCAUAGACCAACUAUGAAAUGUCUCAAUAUGUGUGUUUCUAUGAAUUGAAUAAUAUGUCAGUUCAUAGACAAAUGAUUGAAUUCAUAGAACAACUAUGAAAUGUGUUAUUAAGAAUACUAUGUGCUUCUAUGAAUUGACACGUAUAAGUCAGUUCUUAGACAAAUCAUGAUUUAAUUCGUAAACCAACUAUGAAAUGUGUCAUUAGCGGUUUGAAUACUCUGUGCUACUAUGAAUUGAUUAAUAUGAGUCAGUUCAUAGACAAAUCAUGAUUCAAUUCGUAGACCAACUAUGAAAUAUGUCAUUAACGGUUUGAAUACUCUGUGCUACUAUGAAUUGAUUAAUAUGAGUCAGUUCAUAGACAAAUUGUGAUUCAAUUAAUAUACCAACUAUUAUACGUUUCAUUGACUGCUAUGAGUCAGUUCAUGAACCAAAUAAGAGUAUAAUGUAAUGAGUGAGUUCAUAGACGAGCUAUGAAAUCAUCAACCAACUGAAAGUUUAAUCUAAUGAGUGAGUUCAUAGACCAGCUAUGAAAUUCGUCAACAACUGUGCUACUGUUGUUUGUUUGGAGUGGUGGUAUUCCACAGAUGCACUGCGAGCGCAAUUGGAGCAGUCAGCUGCAGAAAAAAAGCAGCAGCCAUUGUGGGGUGAACACUAUCAUUGACACUACAGUUACUGUAUAAGAUGAAUACAAAAAUACAGUAACUGUAAUUGACACUAGUCCUACAUUGUUAAUAUCCCAUCCAGGACUGUUUUUAUCGGAUCACAUCGUUUCUUGCCAAUCAGUUCUUGUGAGGAUUGUUUUCUUCACUUGUGAUUGCUAUGUUUAUUGUACCAAAAUGAAAAGUGUAUGUAGAAUUCAAGCUCAACGGCAUGUGAGACGAUAAUGAAAUCUGUAGAUCAUCGACUAUAAUAUAAGUUACCAGUUAUUUGUAUUUGACGAGAUAAAUUUGCUGAAUGGAGCGACGACGAUGUUUUGAAGCUACAACAUUUGUUUGACAAUGUUUUUGUUUUCAAAUGUAGUUUAAUUUGAGGAGGGUUGUAGUGGAGUGAUGCGGCGCGCGUUUGAAAUACAGUAACUAAGGAGGACGAUAAUGAAAUUUGUAUUUUCAGUAAUGUUUAUAAUAGUGUUUCGUACAUUUUGUAUAUUUACUACUCUCAGAAAAGCCAUAGUAGAGUGGGUGACAUGACUUGUGUCGAUUCUAGUAUGUAUAUUACGAUGUUAUAGAAUGAAACCGGUAGAUGUUAUAUGAGUUUUGCUGGAGAUAUAUUCAAGUGCAAUGCAAAGUGAUGGUUAUAAGUCUAUGUGUAAGUCUUGUAAAAAUUUUGAAAGAUUAACAGAUUCUCAUCAUCAUGAAUAUAACAUCACAUGAAGUUAAUUUCGCUUGAUAUAAUGAUAAUAGUUGUAGAGAUAUUGUUAUUAUUGUAAUCUUUUUUGUACUAAUAAGUUGUUAUCAGUCUUAAUUUAUAGUUUUGUAUUCUUAAUCGCUCAUUGCAGCGGCAUAAUCAAAAUUGUGUAAAGUCAGGAGAUACUGUGCUAAUCCGUGCUUAAAACUGAUUGCAGUGUUUCAUUGACUUGGAAGUUGAAUUGUUUCUUUUAUCUCUGUUGAAUUUAAAUAUAAACCGGUUUUACACGUU